AUGGGCGGUGAAAGCGGAGUAAGUGGUGGCAGGGUGUGCGGGAUGGUGACGGAAGAGGGUCGGAUGAUGGGUUGGGAUCCGGUUCACAAGAUCCGAAUAGCUGGAAUGGGAAUGAGAGUACAGAUUCUUAUUAUCAAAAAAAUGAUUGAAGCAAAUCCUAGCAAUUCUCUCUUGUUAGCAAAUUAUGUCAAGUUCUUGAAAGGAGAUUUUGCAAAAGCAGAAGAAUACUGUGGCAUGGCAAUUUUGGCUGAUCCAAAACCCACAGAUGGAUUUGCAGGUGAUGGAUCAGUGUCACAGGAUUUGGUGGUGGUGGAGGAUGCGAAUCUGUGCAAGCAGUGGGGAUGUGGUGGUGCAUUGGAUGUGGUUGUGGGAUGUGGAUCUAGUGACGCAUCGAUUUGA